GUACUUUUUAUUUUCUCAAGUAUUUGUUCAUAAACACACUUUUACAAAAACAUCCACUUUUUUAUUCAAGAAAACCAUGUCUACUACUAACUCACCUGCUAUUCUCAAUUGGGCCUCAAAAGAUGGUGAAUUCAGACGUCAACAAUCUGUCUUCCGUGAUACUAUCGAAGCUGAUCCAAACGCCAAAUUUGCUGCUGAACCUGAUCGUUAUCAUCUGUAUAUCUCUUGGGCUUGUCCUUGGGCUCACCGUACAGCUAUUGUUCGUAAACUUAAAGGUUUAGACAAACUGAUUGGUCUUUCUGCUGUAGACUUUUUGAUGUUGGAUAAGGGAUGGAAGUUCUCUACUGCUGAAGAAUGUCCCGGUGCUAUUCCUGACACUAUCAAUAAUGCUCAAUACAUUCGUGAACUCUAUUUCAAAGUAAAUCCUGACUACGAAGGCCGUUUUACUGUCCCUGUUCUUUGGGACAAGAAGCUCCAGACAAUUGUCAACAAUGAAAGUUCAGAAAUCAUUCGCAUGUUCAACACUGCUUUUAACAGCUUUUUGGAUGAAGAACACGCAAAGCUCAACUACUAUCCUGAAGAGCUUCGCAAGGAAAUCGACGAAAACAAUGAAUGGAUCUAUGAUACUAUUAACAAUGGUGUCUACAAGUCUGGUUUUGCUACUACACAAACUGCUUAUGAAAAGAACGUUAAGCCCUUGUUUGAAUCUUUGGAUCGUGUUGAAAAAAUGCUUGAAGGCAAAAAGUACUUGAUUCAAAAUACCUUCACUGAAGCAGAUAUCCGUUUGUUUACUACUAUUGUCAGAUUUGAUCCCGUUUACUUUGGUCACUUCAAGUGCAACAUGAAGUCGAUUGAACACAACUAUCCCAACAUUUUGGAAUGGGCUCGUCGUAUCUAUCAAAAGCCCGGUGUAAAUGAGACUGUAAACAUGACUCAUAUCAAGAACCACUAUUACAUGUCACACCGUCAAAUCAAUCCUACUCAAGUUGUUCCUCUUAGUAAUGGUCCUGAUCUUGAUGUUCAUGUUGACCAAUAAAUGAGCUUCAUUUAAUUGUCCUAAUUUUUUGUAAUAAACAAUCUGUAUUUAGCAAAUGUAA